CGACGCAAGGUCUGUCGUCAUCGACCAGGAAGUGAGCACCGACUGACGAUAAUAACAACACUGGACAGUCAUCAAUACAUGCUGUUUUUCAGUGGUUCUGAUUGCAGCAAUGUCCCGAAAAGUGAAAGAGGAAUAUUACCGGUUCUUUUCCGUUUCGGACCAUCGUACGCACGAGAAAGGGCACACGGAAUACAAAGUGACAGCAAGGUUUGUGUCCAAGCGCCACCCGGAGGACGUGAAGGAGGUGCAGGUGUGGCGGAGGUUCUCGGAGCUCAAGAAGCUGCACGGGGAGCUGGCCUACACGCACAGGAACCUCUUCAGGAGACAGGAGGACUUCCCUCCGUUCCCCCGCGCCCAGCUCUUUGGUCGGUUCGAGGAGGCGGUGAUCGAGGAGCGGCGGGAAGCGGCGGAGGCCAUGCUGCUGUUCACCACCGGCAUCCCCGCGCUCUACAACAGCCCCCAGCUCAAAGACUUCUUCAGGGGCGGUGAGGUCACCCGGCCCCUCGACCUGGUGGCCCCCGUGUCGGACACGCCCCUCCCCCCGCCCCUGAUCCCGCUGCCCAAGCGCCGCGCCUCGGACUGUGAGCCCUUCCCGGAGGAAGAGGGCCGGGAGGCGCCCGUGCUGCCCCAGGACCUGGGCUCAAACCUGGACCUGCAGCUAGGCGAGCCUGAGGUGGCGUCCGAGGCCUACGGGGAGGCGGAGGGCCGCCCCGGGGUGAUGGAGGAGGAGGAGGAGGAGGAGGAGGAGGAGAGGGAGGUGGAUGAGCUCAGUGACCUGGGACAGGACGAUAGAGUGCCUUCCCCCGGCCCGCCUCCAGAGUGGACACAGGAGUCCCAGGACGAGUUCGAUUCGCUGUUCGACCCAGCGGGGGAGGAGCAAGCCCCGCCCCCUAAGGAGGAGGCCCCGCCCCCACUGUCAGACAACGAUUUGGCCAUCUUUGACCCCUGCUGUAAACAUGAGCCCGCCCCCUACUCCUCCUCCAGCGACCUAUCAGACCUGCUUCCUCUGCCGCUGACCAACCAGGACGGAGGGGAGGCGGGCUACCUGAGCCGGGCGGCCAGUGAGCUGACGGCGGCCAUGAAGAGGGAGAAGGAGGGGGAGUUCAGCGCGGCCAUCCUGGCGUACCGGACGGCGGUGGACCUGCUGCUGACCGGCGCUCUGGGCGACCCAGACCCGGUCCGUCGGGAGGGGGUGAGGAAGCGGACGGCCCAGUACCUGAAGCACGUGGAGACGCUGGUGGACACACACUCCUCACCCACCCACCCACACACACACCCACCCCCGCACACUCAGGAGCCCUAGGGGGGUGGGGGGGGGGGGGGGAGCACUGGAACGCAUGCAGAUGUUGGGGAUGUGCGCAGAUACACAAACGCACGGGCACACACACACACACACACACACACACACACACACACACACACACACACACACACACACACACACACACACACACACACACACACACACACACACACACA